AGAGUUUGUAGCGGAAGAAAAAAAAUUUCCUGAUUUUGCCUAACCUCAAUUUUCUUAGAAAAAAAGUUGGGUUAGGUUAUUUUUCUUUUUGCGUGGAGUGGAUGUGUUUAUAUUUUUACUCUGAAGAAUUUUCACUAAUAUCACGUUCAAUUUAGGAGUUUCUAUAAAAAUUCAGUAGCAAUGGAAGACAGUAGUGCCAGGGAGAAGAAAAAGGAACACAGGAAAAGGAAAUCAGGUGUAAAGGCUGAAAAGAAGAAAAACAAGGGAAAAUCUGCAGCUGAUGCAGUGGCGGAGCGUCAAAAGAACCCUAAAGCAUUUGCAAUAAAUUCAGCUGUACGGGCAGAGCGAAAGUUUCGUCGGAAAGAGGAUUUAACGGCAAAGAAGCAGCAUAUUCCGCUUGUUGAUAAGACCCCUGAGGAGCCUCCGCCGUUUCUCAUUGCAGUGGUGGGGCCACCAAAAGUGGGCAAAUCUACACUCAUUCGUAAUCUCAUAAAGAGCUUCACGAGGACAAAUGUGACGGAAAUCAGGGGGCCCAUUACGAUUGUCACGUCCAAGAAGCGUCGCAUAACACUUAUUGAGUGCAACAAUGACAUCAACAGCAUGAUUGAUAUUGCAAAGUGUGCAGAUUUGGUGCUUCUCAUGUGCGAUGCCAGCUUUGGAUUCGAGAUGGAGAUCUUUGAAUUCCUCAAUAUCUGCCAAGUGCAUGGAAUGCCAAAGAUAAUGGGAGUUCUCACGCAUUUGGACGUUAUUCGCAAUGCAAAGACACUCAAGCGGCGCAAGAAGGAGCUGAAGCAUAGAUUCUGGACUGAAGUGUACAACGGGGCAAAAUUGUUCUACCUCUCGGGCAUCCUUCAUGGCGAGUAUCUGCGGAAUGAGGUGAAAAAUCUCGGAAGAUUCAUUUCAGUGAUGAAACUGAGACCUCUUUCAUGGCGUGGGGCACACAGUUAUAUCCUUGCUGAUAGAAUGGAGGACAUUACGAGCACUGAGGAGAUUCGAUUGAAUCCCAAAUGCAAUAGGAAUGUUGUCUUGUACGGCUAUGUACGUGGAGUUCCGCUUAAUAAGGAAUUUAUGGUGCACAUUGCGGGGUUUGGGGAUAUUCGAAUUGACGAGCUGAGCGCCCUGGCGGAUCCGUGCCCCCUUCCGUCGGGAGAGAAGAAGAGGAGUUUGCUGGAAAAGGAGAGGCUGCUGUAUGCUCCAAUGUCAGGUGUUGGGGGGCUCGUGUAUGACAAGGAUGCCGUCUACAUUGACCUCCAAGGGUCUCAUAGUCAUCAGGAUGGUGAGGAGAAUGCAGAACAGCGGGAGAUUGUUAAUGCUUUCAUUGAGAAGAAGGAAACACUCGAUGUGCAGAUUGACAAUCAAGAAUUUAAACUCUUCUCCGAUGGGCAGACCAUUAAAUCCCAUGAAUUUAGAGAUGAUCAACACAACAGGGCAGAACGUGGUCAAGGAGAAGAUCCCGAAAGUGCUUCAAGUGAGUCAGAAGAUGAAGAGGCUGAAGAAGAAGAAGAAGAAGAAGAUUCAGGUGUUGAAGAUGAAGACACAACUCCCGGACAAGGCCUUGGAUGGCAGGGAGAUGAUCAGGAAAGUGAUGCAAAUGUAUCGGAAGAAUCUUCAGAUGAUGAAGAGUACGAAGAAAAUUCCGGAAACUUAACAUGGCGCGAAGGGUUGGCACAGAAAGCACGGGAUGCUUAUCUGGAUCGUCAGGCCAAUUCGCAGAAUGUGAUGAAGUUAGUCUACGGCGUCUUUAGCAUAGGUCAGCAAAAGAAGAAGCUCGAACAGAAGGACGACGACGAUGAGGAAGGAAGUGGAGAUGAUCUCUUUGGGAUUGUGAAGGAGAAACAAACAAACCUGCAGCGACAGAAGGAAGUUCAGGAUCGCGAUGAAUGUUGCUUUUUCGAAGGGCACAUGUCGGGAUUGCGUGAUUGGACACAAGAGGAGAACGUUGCAAUCCUCAAAAAUUGCUUCGUGACGGGAAAAUGGAAAGUUUCGGAGGACGCUGAAGAGCUUCUAAAAUUGGAUGAUCUCAGUGAUGAUGGGAGUGAAGUUUAUGGGGAUUUUGAAGAUUUGGAGACAGGGGAGAAGCACGAGCAGCCCCCCAAGGAGCCCGAGGAGGCACCACAAGAAGACGAAGAAGAAAGUGUGACGAAGAAAAGGAAAUUCAGUCGAAUUGAGGAAGCAAAUAUGUCCCGAACAGAAUUGAUAGCAAAGAAAAUGAAGCUAAAGGAGAAAUUUGACGCGGAGUACGAUAAUCCGGAGAAGGAUCAUAAAAUUGUCGGUGAUCAUGCAUUCUAUGACAACUGGAAGGCAGAGACACAGCGUCAAUCGGAGCUGAAUAGAUCCGAAUUUGCCACACUCGAUGAUGAUCUUCGUGUGCAAAUUGAGGGCUUUCGUGCUGGGAUGUACGUCCGGAUGAGCUUCCGGGGGGUUUCGUAUGAAUUCGUUGAGCAUUUUGACCCAACUUACCCCAUUCUCGUGGGGAGUCUCAACAUGAUUGAGCAGAAUGUGGGGUAUGUCACGUGCAAAGUGAAGAAGCACAGAUGGUACAAGAAGCUCCUCAAAACGGAAGAUCCCCUGAUCCUUUCACUUGGGUGGCGACGCUUCCAAACUCGUCCGAUUUAUGCGAAAAUUGAAGAUAAUUUGAAGCAUCGCUUCCUCAAAUAUACACCCAAUCAUGUGACCUGCAGUAUGACCUUCUGGGGUCCGAUAACACCCCAAAAUACCGGAUUCCUCGCCGUGCAGACAGUCACGCAGGACACAGAGGAGCUCAAGCGACUGGGAUUUAGGAUUGCCGCAACAGGGUGCGUCACGGAGAUUGAUAAAUCCACGCAAAUCAUGAAGAAAUUGAAGCUAGUGGGGUAUCCGUAUGAGAUUAAGAAGAAUACAGCCUUCAUCAAGGAUAUGUUCAAUGGGAUUCUCGAAGCAGCCAAGUUUCAAGGAGCUAAAAUAAGGACAGUUUCGGGUAUUCGGGGGGAGAUCAAGAAGCCCAUGAGGAGCCCCGAAGGAGCAGUUCGGUGCACCUUUGAGAACAAAAUCCUCAAAAGUGACAUUGUCUUCUGCCGAACGUGGUUCAAGGUGGAUGUUCCCAAAUUCUAUGCUCCCGUGACGUCUCUGAUGCUACCACUUGGUCAGAAAUCCGAAUGGAAGGGAAUGAAGACACUGGGAGAGCUCAAAAGGGAACGAAAUAUCCGUGCAAUUCCCAAUCCGGAUAAUCUUUAUACGACGGUUGAACGAAGAGAGAAAGCCUUUAGACCGCUCGUCAUCCCCAAAUCCCUCCAACGAGCACUUCCGUACAAGGAUAAACCGAAACUCCUGCAGAAGGCUGAGGGAGUGGAACGUGUGGCGGUAAUUAGGACGCCACAAGAGCAGAAAAUAGCGCAACUUAUGAAGAUGAUCAAGGCGAACUACAGCAAUAAGCAGAAAAAGGAGAAGGAAGCUGCAGCUCGGAGUAUGGCAAAGUUUAAGAAGGAGAAACAAGACGAAGAAUUGCGGAAGCUCAAGAAGCAGCGAGAUGUGCGAAGGAAGCUUUGCCGGACAAUGAGUAAGGCUCAGAAAUCAACCGGAAAGACAAGAAAAUAAAUAAUUUUAUUUU